AUGCGCAGCCUCCCCGCAGCGAGACUCGCCGUGCCCAUCGCGGCCUUGGCCCGCCAGUGCCAGGUAGCAGUGGCGAAGCGCGUUGCCGAACUUGCUGUUCCCGAGCGUGGGCCAGACCGUGUGAUCUCCGAGAAGGCUUGCACGCUUGCCGAGCACUGGGUCGUCAUGGACUACAAGGACGGCGGGGGCGAGAGCAGGGCUGGCACCUUCGUGCAUGCAUCCUCUGCGUCGUGGAACGGCGUGCUGCUCCUGACCAAGUCGUACAACGACGGGAAGUGCCUCGUCUCCUACCGCACCACUUGUGCUGGGACCUCUGUCUACCUGGACCUCGACGAUACAUGCGGCUGGCGUACUGCUCGACGGAAGUUCACCUCGCCCGUUCGCCAAACCAAGCUGCACAAGAACAGUUUCUUGUUCCGGAGCGCGGACACCGCGAUCACAGUGUUCCUUGCCGGAGGCCGUGCGCUGGAGUUGCGAGAAAACGGGGCAAAGGUCACCUUCACGCUAGUGGACCCGAGCGAAGACACGGGCAGAAUGACUGGCACUUCCGACUUCAGGUAUUUUAUCAACACCCUCGGCUCGAUCUGUGCACUCCCUCCGACUCAGCCGUCGCAGACUUUGUGUCAAUGGGCACUGGGCUGGUCUACAGCACUCAGAAGUGCUCCGCGUGUCGCCUCUUCCUCGCGGGUGCCCUCCGGACCACCUCGACCGAUGCCAACGCACUCGCCGGCUUGA